AUGCAUUGGUCAAGACAAGCCAUGGUGGUAUUCGCAGCACUUGCUUGUAGCCGACGAGUUUCUGCCUUCGUAAGGCAAUCGAGGGUCAGUCAGAGCGCCUUUGCCUCUUCUUCCAAGGGGGUUGUGGGCGCAGGAAUUAGACGACAAAAACCAAAGGUCUCAUCAGAUUCCCUAAUCAGAAUGGUGGAGCGUCUUCAAAAAGAUGAAGGAAAACACCUAGAUAUCCGUUUUGGCGCGAUGCAGCUUCAAGCAACAGUUGCCGAAAACGAGACUUCAGAGCCACAACUGCCUCCCGUUUUCCCAUUGCAGGGAAAGGACCCUCAAGAGGAGCCACCGCGAAUGCGUUUCGCCCCUUCCCCUACUGGUAGUCUUCACGUUGGUGGUGCCAGAACUGCUUUGUACAAUUGGUUAGUUGCAAAGAAGGGACAAUUAGAUUUCCCAAAUUCGGAAGCUGGAUUUAUCUUGCGCGUGGAGGAUACAGAUUUGGCUAGAUCUACCAAAGAAUCUGAGGCAUCGGUGUUGGAGGACCUAACAUGGCUUGGACUUCAAUGGGACGAGGGCCCAACUGAUACAAUCGAGAUUUCCAAAUACGGUCCAUACCGCCAGUCAGAACGUGGCAACAUUUACGUUCAAGCCGCCGAGAAGCUUUUGGAGGAAGGUAAAGCCUACCGAUGCUUUUGUACCACUGAGGAAUUGGAAGAGAUGAAGGCACAACAAGAAGCAGCUGGAAUCCCACCCCGCUAUGAUGGACGCUGGAGAGAUGCCCCUGAGGAAGAAGUCAACAAAAUGCUAGAAGACGGAAAACCAUUCACUGUUCGUUUCAAGGUCCCCGAGAAUUCGCGUGUUGUAAUUGAGGAUGUUGUUCGCGGAACCGUAGGAUGGGAUGCCGAGGCCACAGUUGGAGACUUCAUUCUUUUGCGAUCAAACAGAGUCCCUGUUUACAACUUCUGCGUCGCUGUGGAUGAUGCUCUCAUGGGAAUUUCCACCGUUGUUCGUGCCGAAGAGCACUUGACAAACACCGUUCGUCAAGCUCUUGUGUUGGAUGCUUUGGAUGCCCCUCGUCCACGAUAUGCUCAUUGCUCUUUGAUUUUGGGUGAGGAUAAACAAAAGCUAUCAAAGCGUCACGGAGCCACAUCAUGCAACCAAUUCCGACUCGAUGGAUUCUUGCCUGAUGCUAUGAUCAACUACCUUGCUCUACUAGGAUGGAACGACGGUUCUGACAACGAAAUUUUCACUCGCGACGAACUUAUCGAUGCAUUCGAGCUAGAGCGUGUUGUGAAGUCCCCUUCUGUCUUUGACAUGGAGAAGUUGAAGUGGGUCAAUUCUCAACACUUGAAAAUGGUGUCCCUUCCCGAGGUUGUGCAACUUGUCAAACAACAAUUCGAAUUUGAAAAUAUGCUUAAGGUUGGCACUGAUGAUAGCGACCUUGCCUUCAUUAACAUGUCGUACGCUGCCACUGCUUUAGCUCGCGAAAGAAUGCAAACAACCAAGGAUGCGGUGCUAAAUGCCAAGACUGUUUUUGGAUAUGAUUUGCCAGCUACGUUCAAUGAUAUUUCUGAUGCCGAGGCAAAGUCAAUGAUUGAGCAAGGCAACUUUUACAACCUAGCCACGCGCAUCUUGAGUGACUUUGAAUCAGAUGUAUUUCCCAUCCCAGAUGCUUCUACUGCGAUGGAUACAUUCCAAUCCGAAAUUGUGGAAUCCGCUGAGAAGCCUCAGCCCAGCGAGUUUGUCGGAGCCUACAAGAAGUAUAUGAAGACACUGUCGAAGGAAAUGGGAGUCAAGGGCAAGAAUCUUUUCCACCCGGUGCGACUAGCACUUACUGGUGAGAUGAGUGGACAAGAGGUCACACAGCAAUUAGCAAUAUUAGUCAUGGCAUCGGCGGACGACACUUGUAUCGAUGCUGGCAAGGCUGGCGUUGUUUCCGUUAGUGAAAGAAUGGACCGAUUGAAGGCGUUCUGUGACAGUAUCCCGGAGCAAUUCCAAACUCCAAAGGAUGUUGAACAAAAGUCUAGCAAGAAGGAUACCAAGGGAGGCAAUGCCAAGGCAUCAAGAUCUAGCUCUUCUGAGACCACUACUGGUACCCCAGUAGAUGACAAGGAUCCCAAAGAUUCAUACGAGGGACCACCGAUCACUGCCUUAGAUAUUCGCGUGGGACGAAUUACCAAGGUUUGGGAGCACGAAGAGGCCGAUAAACUGUACUGUGAAGAGAUUGAUGUUGGCGAGGACGAGCCAAGAACAGUUGCAUCUGGUUUGAGGCCUUAUAUGAAGGCUGAAGACAUGGAAGGCAAGCUGGUUUUGGUACUGUGCAACCUUAAGGAACGAAAAAUGGUUGGUUUCCCCAGUCACGGUAUGGUACUCUGUGCUUCAAAUAGUGAUCACACUGAUGUUAGACUGGUCAACCCUCCAAUCGAUGCCAAGGUUGGAGAGAGAAUCACAAUUCCAGAUUUCAACUUUGAAGGCGAGGAUGCCGAGCCUUUCGCUGAAAACAAGGUCGGGAAGAAGAAGGUUUUCGAGAAGAUUGCUCCACAUCUAGUUACAUCGAAGUAUGGUGUUCCAGAAUUCUUGGGAAGACCAUUCAUGACAAGUGCUGGUGUUUGUACCAGUGCCAUUGCAGAGGGUACAGUAGCUUAG